AUCAAUGGUGUAUGCUUUCAAGAUGGCCGCGAAACAAGUUGCUCAGACUGCGGGUAAGACUGUAUUUAAACCGCUUCUUUCGACGAGCCAUGCUGAGGCUAGACGAAGAGUGCUUAAUUUGUAUAGAGCCUGGUGGAGAGAGGUUCCACAUUCCAUCGAGGCCUUCCAGUUAGAAAUCUCUACCAAGACUGGCCGUGCUAAGGUGCGCGAAGAAUUUAUGAAGAAUGCUCACGUUCGUGAUAUCAGAGUGAUAGACAUGCUGGUGAUCAAGGGUAAAAUGGAACUUGAAGAAACUCACAAGUUGUGGAAGCAGGCAACACAUGUUAUGCGUUAUUUCAAGGAAACACAAGAACCAAGGAAAUCAGAGUUUAUGGAAAGAUUCUUUGAUGGAUAUGACUAGAUAUUGUCAUAAAGAAGAAUCCACAUGGCUUAAAUUGUAAAAUUGAAGUGAUAUUUUUUUUUCUGUCUAACUUUGGAUGAAUUUGUAUGCUACAUCCUCUUUUUGGUAUAUGGGAAGGUUUGACUGAUUGUAUGUGUAAUGUAGAUAAAUUCAUGUGUAUCUAUAUACCAGAAUAAAAAUUUUCUCCCAGUUUU